ACAAAAUUCUCAACCUGACGUCUGUCUGUAACUGUAGUAAACGUCGAUGUACUCAGACAAUCAGAUGCUUUGUUGAUUCAGAACAAAGUUGGGACUCUCUCUCUCUCAUAAUCCUUAUCAGAUGUUCUCCUUUUACAAGUUGGGAAAGAUUUGAUAGUACAACUUGCUGUGCCACCAAUCCAUGUUGCAUAGAAAAUCCCAUUAUUAGAGUUAAUGCCCACAUACAUUCCCACUUUGGAGCAGCCAAUUCAUGCAAAGUACCAAUCUUUGACACAUUUGGAGGAUCUGAGGAUGGGGUUCUCAAUGGUGGGUUCAUUGGGUUCUCAGAUGUGGGCGAGAAAUUCUCAUCAAAGGAAGUUAAAGUUUGAAUCUUUUAGUCACAGAAGGAAACAUACCCUAGAUUUCAACUUCUCAAAGCAUCGGUCUCAUCCGGCAAAGAUUUUGUUGAGCAAGCGUGAUGCAUUUGAAUUUGAGGAGAGAACAAGCCCAAAUGAGGUCAGAAAAGAGAUACAGCAAUGCUAUGAACUCAUACACAGACUUGGGAGGGGAGUCGUGUAUUUGGGUUCUUCAAGGAUGGGACCUGCUCAUUCUCAUUACCUGCAAACACAAGAGUUGGGUAGAGAGAUUGCAAAUCUUUUGGACUGCACUUCAUGGAGUGGGGUUGGCCCUGGGUUAAUGGAUGCUGCUACUAAAGGUGCUUUACAAGCGGGAAAACCAGUGGGUGGAUUUAAGAUAGGUAAAGAAGCUGGUGAAUGGACAGCCUCAAAUUUUCAUCCAUAUCUACCUCCAGAAACUUACCUUACUUGCAGGUUUUUUUCUGCAAGGAAGCAUGGGUUGGUGGAUGCUAUAGUUAGGAGCAGUAGUUCUGAUAGAACUGCCGUUGUUGCUCUUCCUGGUGGUAUUGGUACACUAGAUGAGGUGUUUGAGAUAUUAGCAUUAAUUCAACUGGGACGGAUAGGAUCAAAGCUUCCUGUACCCUUCCUUUUAAUGAACUAUGACUCAUUCUACUCAAAGUUAUUAGACUUUCUUGAUGAUUGUGAGGGUUGGGGUACAGUUUCCAAAGGAGAGGUUGCAUCACUAUGGACGGUUUGCGACAAUAACUCAGAGGCUUUGACUCAUUUAGCAGAAUUUUAUAAUCUCCCUCUUAGUGACAAAGAUAAACAUGGAACUGAACUGCAAAGUAUUCGUGGCACAGUUUCUUCAUAAUUUUUGCAGUUGACAAUGAUUUGAUUGUUAUGAGAUUCUUUUCCAAUCCAUAUGAUAUUACGUGUAAUAGAUGUAAUGGCAUCAAGAAUGUUGCACACUAAAAAUUAUUCCAAAAUUUAGAAAUGGAUGUUUUAACGUCUAUUUGGAAUGGGGAAAACUAUCAGGAAAUCCUGGUUCAUUGAUCUGUAAUAUGUCAUAAUUCAGCUUGGAAUUAUUUGGCUGAAUCUGGUUUCAAAUAAAAGAAUUGUAGUUUACAGUUAA